AUGUCUUAUAGACCCAGGUCCAGAUCGAGGUCACCGGACUAUCGUCCCAGACGAUACUCCCCUUCAAGACCUCUGUCACCAAUGAGGGAUGACAUACCUCCACCCAGACGAUAUGCAGAUGAGAGAGAACCGUAUCCACUUGCGAGGAGAUCGCCUCCCCCUCCUCCAAGACGGUACGACGACCCUCCUACAAGACGAGGAGGGGGGUAUGACGAUUAUCAACCUCCAUCAAGACAGUAUGACGAUGAUUAUAAUCGCCCUAGGUAUAAGGAGGAUAGAUAUGGACUUCCGCCUAGGCAGCCUAGAGGGUAUGAUGGUAGGGAGAGGGACUGGGACAGGAGGGGAUCAGGGAUGAUGGCUGAUAGAGAAGAAUUGAGGAUUCCCCCACCUAGAAGAGAGUAUAAUAAUGGUGGGAGGGAGGAACCUCAAUGGGAGAGAGGCAGGGACGUAGAGGAAUUAGCGGCACAACAAGGUGAUGAUUAUCCUAAUUCAGAAUAUCCUCAGCAUCCUAAGAGAGGAGGUGCCAAAGGUCCGUCGGAACCUUCGAGAGAUAUAAUCUUCCUAGGUUUGGAUCCAGAAUUGACAGAGAAAGAUUUCUCAGGAUAUUUACGACUAGAACACAAAGCAGUAUUGGAAACUGUCAAAAUCGUCAAAGAUAAAUUUACAGGAGUGUCAAAAUGUUUUGGUUUUGCUCAGUUCAAGACUCUUGACGGUGCUGAAGAAUUCAUCAACAUCAAUUACCCAGCGGUAUUGAUGCCAGCACUCUACUCGCAUUCCAACCCACGCAAAGUCAAAAUCGACUUUUCGGCUACUCUACCAUCGAAUGAAGGUCACGGUGGUGCAGGUCAACCAUAUGUCCAUCAACCGACUUAUGUCAGACCCGCUCAUGAUGGUAUGAAAGAUAUAGGUGUAUUCGGUGCAGGUAAAAGAGUGUUACUUCUCCGUGGCUUAGAUGCCAGUACCACUUCCAAUGAUAUAGUAUCGAGAGUCAGUCAAGAAAUAGCUAGAAUGAUGGGUAAAAUAGGAAAAGAAAUUGCUGCUGAAAGUACGAUCGUGAGGGUUGUAAUGAUUGUCGAUAGGAAUGUAAGGAGUAAUUGGGGGUAUGCUUUUGUCGAGUUGGCCACAGCUGAGCUCGCCGCUGCCCUUCUCCCCUUCCUGCUCGCUCCUCAGCAUCAACCUAACGGUUUCGUCAUCAACUACGUCCCUGUCGCACCAUCAUUCGCCAAUCCAGCGGCAUUCAUCCCUACUUCUGCGGGACCUCUUGGUGGGGAGUUCAUUUUACGACCUUCGAGGAACGGUGGUAUAGCUAGCGAUACUAUCGAUCAACCCGAAGGGAAAUGGUGUGCAUACUGGCAUCAAGCUGGAGGAGCUGUCGAGACACUCACCUCAGGUGCACCUGUGAUCGAUGAAGACGGUCUCGUUCAACUCACUCCCUACCAUCGAUCUUUCCUUGGUCACCUCGCUGGUGUUCCACCUCAAGUACCCCAAUCGGCUCCUGCUGAAGUUGCGCCGACAAGCAUAGCUCCCAUCAAUAUCGCUGGUGGUGUUCAGCCGAUCAAGAUCAGUGGUAAGGGUAAAAAGAAGGAAGAGUUGGCUGGCAUUAUCCCCAUUACCGGAAAGAACUUGCUAGGAGGCGAUGAGGAGGAAGAUUUGGUAGGAAAGGACUCGGUAUUAUUAUCACGAAGUAAAGGGGUCUUCAUCAUCCCGCCAACCUCGUCUAGUCGAAAGAUUGCGAAAAACAUAAAUAAAUGGAAUACGAAGCAAUCCGAACUGGCCGCACCUGAACCAACGGCAGAUUCCAACGCUCCGCCAAAAGGUAUUUCAGAUGUCAAUACGACUUUAGGCGUCCGACGACCCAUAGGUAGUUCCUUAGGUGGAGAACAAAGUACUUCUCCGACUGCUUCUCUAUCUAGCGCUCCUGGACCAUCAAGAUCUCCUCAAGCCGCUACCUCGUCGGAUGAUUUUGACUAUACCGACAUAUCGACACUUGCGACUACCGGUAAAGUCGCUUGCCUGCUGUGUCAGCGACAGUUCAAGACUGAAGAUGUACUCAAAAAGCAUGUUGCUCAGUCGGACUUGCACAAGACGAAUUUAGCAGACUCCAACGCAAGAGAAGCGGGCAUGAAACGCAAGAAUGCAGCAGGUGCAUCUUCAACUACAGGAGAAGGGUCACAGCAACCUAAAUAUCGAGAUCGAGCAGCGGAAAGAAGAGAAGCUUUUAACCAGCCUUCUGUACCUAUACCUGAAGAAUCACCUUCAUGGCAACUGGAACAAGCUAAGAAACGUAAAUUCGCUGAAGGACCUAAACCACCUUCACCUGCUCCACCACCUCCCCUACCAGGUAUGGAACCUGGCAAGGACGAGAGUAACGUUGGGAACCAGUUAUUGGCUAAGAUGGGCUGGAAGACCGGUACAGGUUUAGGUAAGGAUAAUGAAGGACGAGUCGAUCCGAUUUUAGUGCAACAGUUCGAGAAUCGAGCCGGUCUAGGGGCGAGUAAAGGAGUGGAAGCUGGACGAUGGUCUGGUCCAGGUGGAUUUCAACAGAGAGCUCUUGAUAUGGCGAAAGCAAGAUAUGAUAACUCAAACUCAAACUCGUCAGACAAGUCAUAG